AUGAAAUUAGGAAGGCAUAUUGCAGAUCUGGUGUUUGUUUACCUGGCUGGGUUGGAGCAUUCUGUGAUAGGAGAGGAAUUUCAUAAGAAACAUUCAUGUUCGGCAGAUUGUGCAACUCAAAAUGGAGGUUGUAACACGACGAUGAACUGCGUACAAGAAAUCGUAAACGGCUUGAUGCUUGAGAGAUGCCUCUGCAAGACAGGAUAUGCUGCAGUCGAUGAAAAUGAAUGUAUAGUGUUAGAUGUUUUAGGCGGAGAAGACAAAUCAAUUUCGUUAAUGUACAUCAUAAUGAUCGGGUUUGCCGUUUCGUCAUUCUUACUUGUGGUUGCGAUUCUGAUGUUUAAACAUUUGAAAAAACAUAAUAGAAAUGGUAUGAAACAUUUUGAAAUUCACUAA